AUGCGCGCAAACGUAAGAAUCUUGAGAAACUCUUCGUGGGAAAAUUGGGGCGCCUAUGGUUUUGUCUUCGGAUUUUUCUUGGUAUUGAUUGGCAUUUUGACACAAGUUUUUGAAUUUCCGCGUGUCUACAAUGGUGCGACAAAUGUAAAUUUAAAUGGUACUAUUUACGUGGGUCUUUAUAACAUGACAAAUUAUUAUAAUCAUUUUUGGCCAUGGACAUAUCCGGCUAGUCUAUUCGGUCUUUUCACAUUUAUAACUGGCAUAAUCGGUCUGCUAGCUGGCAUGCGAGGAACUUAUACAGCAAUCUAUGGAUUUUUUACCAUGAGUGUUAUAUCAGCAUUAUUUGCUAUUUAUUUAAUUAUUUAUUUUGCGUUUAUUAUUUCAUUCUAUCGAUCGAAUGGUUGGGAUAAACCAAGUAAUCGUACACACGCUGAAUCGGUUUCCUAUAGUCUUGCUAGUACACAAUUAGCAGUGGCAUUAGUUAAUGCAAUCGUUAGCAUAUUAUCAGCUAUAGUGACGGGUCGAGCAAUUGCACUUUGUGUUGACAAAGGUGUUAAGGAACAAGAUAUGAUAAUAACAUAUUCAGCACGAUCACCAUUGCCUCCUAGGGCUUAUUAA